CAUAGACCAAUCACAGGCUGGCCACAGACACACAAGGAAAAAGAGAGAGCGAGUGCUUUUUUGUUGUUUUUUCCUCCCUCUUGGCUUUUAAUGAAGUCUACCCGCUUCAUCUUAACUGUUGAUGUCCAUUGCUGUGACAGGAAAGGUGGAGGCCUGAGAGGCUCGUGCUGAAUGGAUGGAAUGAUCCUGUCUCGCUGUGCGAAGAAGUGGCAAAUGGCUGAAUCUCCACCCAGGCACCCGGGGUUCGGAACGACAGGGAAGAGUUUUCUCAUCGACAACCUCCUGCGGCCCGGCUGCUCUCCGUCAGCCUCACGUACAGCGGAGCGUCCGGCUCCGAAGGAAUGCCCACAGCACCUGCCUCAGAGGCCCGCCAGUGGGUUCCGGAGUGGGCCUUGGACUGUUAGGCAUUUGGCCCUUGAGACCCACAGCUUUGCCCAGGCAAAAGACGUAGGGCUCUCCCAAACACACACAGAGGGAGCAAGGGUUCCACUCUGGGGCCUGGAAAGCCACCCCAAGUCCCGCAGAGGGAUCUUACGGAGGGCCGUGUUCUCUGAGGAGCAGAGGAAGGAGCUGGAGAGAACCUUCCGGAGACAAAAGUACAUCAGUAAAACUGACAGACAUCGACUGGCAGCUGACCUCUGCCUCAAGGAGACUCAGGUGAAGAUCUGGUUCCAGAACCGUCGGAUGAAAUGGAGGAAUUCCAAAGAGAAGGAGAGUCUUUAUGUGCGGUCUUCCAUGGAGGAACUUUUGUUCAGGGGCACUGAGGAGCCAGAGGAGGGCCUGCAGGAGCCAGAGAAGGAGUCUCGGCAGGGGGAGGACUUCUGCAGCCCUCCCAAAGCUCCUGUCUACCAGCACCAACACCACAGACAACCAGCAGCAGACACCCCGUCCACACAGUCCAGAGAUCCCGACCAGCUUACCUCCACACAGAGCGCUCACGGAGAAAAUAGAUGAGAGGGCCACGGGGACCUGAGGUCGCAGCCUCAUUUUCCCAUCCACUAGCACACCUCACCACACACACCUCACCAC